UGUGCCUUGAUAGGAAUUCUACUGUGAAAUUUGCAUGAAUGCAUGAUGGCUUACUGAGUUCUGAUCGAGGAGGCCGUCGGUCAAUGGUGCACUUACAGAAGCUGAGAGACGAGUUGCAGAGGGUGGAGCUAUGAGGGGAGAGUGGUAUUUAGUUGUAGAUUAAAACAUUGGAGGGUGUUCAAAAACAGAGAAAGAAAAGGGUCGAGGAGGAGGCUCCGUCGUCGCCGGAACUUUCCACCGCCACCACCACCAUCACCAACUGCUAGUUCUUCACCUGAAUUGCCCUCAUGAGGCCCAGUUGAGGCACCAAAUUGGAGGUUGAAGAUCUAAUGUGGAACGCAAGAUUGUCUGUUUGUGACCUGUAAUAAACCACACACAUGCAAAUUCCUACAUUUCAAUUUCGCUGAGAACUGGUUUGGUUGGUUCUUAAAGGCUGCAUUUCCUAUUUGGAGCCAAAAUACUAUUUGUACGCCAAUGGAAUCCCAGACCCCUCCUCUUUCUUCUGCUUCAAAUGAACAAACCACAAAAGAAGAACUCAGCAUUCAAUUUCAGACCCCAAAAUCUUCUUCUUCGUCUCCUUUUUCUGCAGUAGUAAAUAUUAGGCUAUGGAGGCCAGCAGCGCAGCGAAACCUUAGAAACCAAUGGUCGAAGUCGGCUUCUUUAUGGCAAGAUUGGCAGUCUUGCUCGUCCGCUACUCGCUCUCAAGCCACUACUCUUGUCAACUCCUUUCUCUCCCAAAAGUAUAUGGAUGCGAUGGAUUUGGGAAUUUUGAGUGGCAUGCUAAGUAUUCGGAAAAAGGCCUCUUCGAAGUUGUUUAAGCAACAAGAGAUUCAGCAUAAUAAACUCUUGGCAUCAUACAAAGAUAUGGUAGGCGUUGUAACUCAGAUGGUGAACACAUCUAGAUCUAUGAGGUGCUAUCUGAAAGGAACAACCAAUAGCCCCUUGGCUCAGUUUUCUCUCUCUUCUGAAAAUGAGAAUGAUACUGGUGAUGGUGGGGGAGCCCCAGUCUUCACAUUUUGGCCCAUCUCUCUUUUUGAAAAAGUAGCACAGGACCUUGUUCAGAUAUUUGUAACAGAGCUAAACUUGAAGAGGUUGCUUGUCAUGGAGCUGCUUUCCUUGGGUGAUGAAAGAAUUGCAGAUCUUAGUAGCUUGUGUUGGUCAGAUGAACUUUAUCCAGGAGAAUUUGAUGAUCUGCAUACAUGUUCCUUGUAUUCACAUGGAGCUAGCAAGCCAGUUCUUCCAAGCCUUGGGAAAGGCGAAGUUGAAUCUUUUCAACCUAGGCAUCAACAAGACCGGAAUGUUUUACAGGGUGGAUGAAAUAUUUGCUAGCACAGGAGCUGAAAUGCACGUGACUCUUUCUUGAAGUUGUGGUGCUGGAGUUAAUGCAAAAGGGAGGGCAUGCUUCUAAAUGUCCAGAGCAAUACUACCAGGUUCCUUCAUGACAGCAAGUCAACCUUCGAUACUUGGAAAGCCUUGGGAAGAUCGAAAAUGUAGAUUUCUCAGUACUCAAUUGAUAGCAAGAUUGACAUGCUCUGAUUUCAAGCUCAGUAGACAUCUCCAAGACAUUGUGACCAAAUGAGAACAAAUGAUGAAGAUAUAGAAAUCUGAGCGUUUUUUCACUUGCACUUGGCAUGACUAGAGAUUGGGCUGUCUUUUGAAAUCAAAAUUUUGCGUUGGGCUCAACAUGGUUAAGGUGUCUGAAUAGCCAUUCUUUCAUUUCAACAAAGGGAUUUGAUGCCUUCUGCCUACAAUAUCUCAGUUGUUUUGACUUCUUUUUGCUUCUCACGCAAAAAGAUUGAGGUUUGUUCCUUAAAGAAAAGGAGGUAGAUUAGCUCCUUAUUACUUGAGCCCUUUCUUCCCAGUUGUAAUGAGUAGUCUAUUUAUCGGGGGUAUCAACCUCCUGGUAUGCUCAAGUAUGGUAAGAAAACUGGUAGUGAAUUCCCAGAUGUUUGUGUUGAUCUGAAGUCUGACAGGAAUGGCAAUUAAUUUAGAGAUGCAGGAUCAUGCUUGUUGC